AUGGUGAUGGAGAACGUAAGCUCCAGAUCAGACGUCCCGACCAACAUCUCCCUCGUCAGCGCCGUGGACGCGGUCUCGCAGUCCCUCCAGUAUAAGACCGUGUCAGUGUUCCUGGUGCUGCUGGUGUGCGGAGUGGGCAUCGUGGGAAACGUCAUGGUGGUCCUGGUGGUCCUGACCGCACGCCACAUGCGCACACCCACCAACUGCUACCUGGUGAGCCUGGCGGUCGCCGACCUCAUCGUCCUGGUGGCCGCCGGACUGCCCAACGUGUCCGACAGCCUGAUGGGCACCUGGGUGUACGGGCACGCCGGCUGCUUGGGCAUCACCUACUUCCAGUACCUGGGCAUCAACGUGUCCUCCUGCUCCAUCACAGCCUUCACUGUGGAGAGGUACAUUGCCAUCUGUCACCCAAUGAGGGCUCAGACCGUGUGCACGGUGUCCCGGGCUCAGCGCAUCAUCGCGGGGGUGUGGGUGCUCACCUGCAUCUACUGCAUGCUGUGGUUCUUCCUGGUGGACAUCCAGGUGAAUCCGGACCAGCGGGUGCAGUGUGGCUACAAGGUGUCCCGCGACCUCUACCUCCCCAUCUACCUCAUCGACUUCACCAUCUUCUACGUCCUGCCCCUGCUCCUGGCCAUCGUGCUGUAUGCCCUCAUCGCCCGCAUCCUGUACCUCAGCCCCCUGCCGCAGCCGGCAGAUGCCGCUACUGCCACCACGCUGCACCGCAGCUGCAAGGAGACGCCCGAGGGCGGGGCCAAGGGCGGCCGGCAGGGACGUCCCAGGAGCGCACUGUCCUCCAGAAAACAGGUGACGAAGAUGCUGGCGGUGGUGGUGGUCCUCUUCGCUCUGCUGUGGAUGCCCUACCGCACACUGGUGCUGGUUAACUCCUUCGUGGCCACGCCCUACCUGGACGCCUGGUUCCUCCUGUUCUGCCGGACCUGCAUCUACGCCAACAGCGCCAUCAACCCUGUGGUGUACAACCUGAUGUCGCAGCGGUUCCGCUCGGCCUUCCGCGAGCUCUACCGCUGCCAGGGCCGGGCGACGCAGCGCCACACCCUCUGCGCCGUCAAAGCCAGCUACAGCGUGGCGAGGGACCCCCCAGACCCCGCCCCUUCCGCCAACGGGGGCAAGAAGGGUGGCGGGAGGGUCACCGGAAAGGCGGGCGUGGAGGUCUCUCCGCGCAAAGAGGUCUCUUUCGGGAAUGAGAGAGACGGGUCAGCCAUGGAGGAGGAGAGGAGAGACACGCCCGCAGAUCCGCUGGAGACCACGCCCGGGCCUGCUGAGACAGAGAAGGGAGGUGAGAUGAAGCACAGUGUGGUGUAG